AUGGCCACGGUCAAUUCACAGGCAAACUUUGAAACAAAUCUGUCUUGUGGUUGUGCUGAGAACGGCGAUUUUCGAUUUGAUUGUUGUGAAAACGGCUAUAUGUGUACCUCAACGUUUGGACAACAAACAAAAGCUUUGAAAGAUUUUGAAAGCGAUUCUAUUUUAGACACGUGUUCUGAAUGCAGAAUCCGAUUGCUAUUAUCGCUAUUCAAACCGAAACAAACAAUUGAUGAUCGAACAAAAGAACAAUACAGGAAGGUUAUGGGUAUAUGGAUGUUUUUUCCUUUUGAUAUCCCUUCGAUGGUGCAGUUGUGGACGGGUCUUCUGUCAUUCUGCACCCGGGUGCAUUUGGCGGGCGUUGAUUGGUCCAACCCACACAAUUGCGCAGGAUGUUGA